AUGAUAAAUACUACAUAUUUAUCACCUGGUGUUCGACAAUUAUUAUUAAGUGUAUCAUCAACAUCAAAUUAUAAAGAAAAUAAUCAUUUAUCAAUCGAUGAUAUUCGACAAUGUUUAAGUGUCGAAGAAAUGGGUAUUAAUUAUCAAGAAUCUAUUCGUCGAUUAGAUAUGACAGUAUUACCUCAAAUAGAACAUUUCUUCGAUCAAAUGACUAUUGAACAAUUUCGAUCGCAUUAUGAUAAUGAUUAUUAUUGUGGAUGGUUGAAAAAUAGCAAAGAUUUAUUUCGAAUAUUUAAUCUUUUAAAAAAUAAUGAAAUUCAUUUAGCUACACUUCUUUUAACUUGUCUAACUGAACGAAAUCUUGGUAAUUUGCUCUUAAUACAAAUCAAUACUGUACCUAAUCUUCUGCGACAAAUUAUUGAAUCAUCUACUCUUUGUUCAAUUCUCGGUUCAGAUUUAACUUUACUCUUUCAAUUAUUAAUCGGUAGUCCAAAAUCAAUUAAUUUACGUAAUGUUUAUUGGCAUGGAUUUAUUCAAUACAAUGAAAUUUCACCUAAAUUUACUUAUCUUUUAUUUUAUCUUAUUCUACAAAUUGGACCAAUUGUUAAUGAAAAAAUCAUACCUGAACGACAAUUUAUUUCAUAUGAACGUUUUAAAAAUCAUAAUUUUCUUCCUCUAGAUAUUUGUUGUCCAAAUGCAGAUACAGCAAUUGAUAUAAUUAAAAAGAAUUCACUUGUAGAUAAUGGUUAUAAACCAUUGCUAAUAUCAAGUAUCAAUUAUUUCUAUAAUGAAAAUGAAUAUGGUUUGAGUAUGAUGCUUUUAUUACCUGUAUUUGAACAUUUGUUACGAAAAUUAUUUGUUAAUGCUAAUCAUUGUCCUGAACGUUUAUUAACAGCUGAGAGUGCAACAUUAUUUACGACUUUAGAUGAAAUUUUGACUUGUUGUUUACCAGAUGGUUCACCAAAUCGUCUUUGCGAAGAACUUGGUCAGGGUUAUAUGAGCCUAUUAGGUGAUUUAAUCACAUUUCCUGAAGGUGUUUGUCUUCGAUCGAAAUUAAGUCAUGGUGAAAUCGACUAUGAUUCUCUUCCACAAACAAUUGCUCAUGCUCAAUUAAGUCUUUUACUCAUAUUACUCUAUCGAUAUAAUCACAAUGAAUCCAAUGAUUAUGGACAAAUUCUUCUUGAUUAUAUAAAAAAUUAUAAAGUUUAUUAUCAUCCAAUUGCUAUUGCUAAAAAUCAAAUACGUGAAUGUAUCGAAGAAUUUAAACAAAUAUCUGAAUGUGCAACAUUAAUUGAAGAAGAAAUUCCAACAACUACUGAUUUUCCAAUUAAAUUAAUUGAUUUUUGGCGAUCAUUUAUUCCUUCUGAUAAACUAUCGUUAUUUAGUAAUAUAUCAUUAGAAACAAUCGAUAUAUUAAUCAAUGAAGAAAAUAUAAAUCUUAUUAAUCGAUAUUGUACUUGUAAAUCAAUAACAACUGGUUAUAAUGAACAAUCAUUUAUAACAAUAAUACGUCAAUUAUCUACUCAUAUACGUCAGAUAUUGAUUAAUAUUGAGACAUUUAUAAAAACACGUGGGCAAGCUUAUCAUUCGAAACAAUUACGAGCAAAUCAACGUAGUAAUUUUGAACGUUUUAUUAAUAUUUUUGAUAAUCUUCGUCAAUUGAUAUUAUUUAUCUGUCAUUUAAAUUCUUGUAUUCUCUUUGCAUUAGAUUAUAUUCGAAGUAUUGAUUUGAAAUAUUCUUCAGUUUUAAUGAAAUUUUUACGAAUUUGGUUAACAUUCAUUGAAAAUACAGUUAUAUUAUCAGGAAUAACACGUAAUCGAUGGGAUGAAAUACUUACCUUAUACUCAACUACCAUUGAUAGAUCGGCAAAAAUGAUAUUCAAACUAUAA